GCUGAGCGACCUACUAAUAACAUACAGAUGGAAGAGGAAGCAUUAUGUGAAUGACGGAAGAAAAAUGGCAGCAGCUGGGAGGUUGGCUGUGCAGGCCGUGCGCCAUCACGCCCCAAUGAUAAAGUUCCCUAAUCGCCAGGUCAUGCCGAGGCCAAACGUGGAAGAUAUGCUGAAAAGUACAGGUAACAUCUACAUGGCCCCGAGUUCUCCCAUGACUUCAUUAACAGCCAAAUCACCUCCUACUCAAAUCAGCUACGUCCACCGCCUGUCUGGUCCAGCUGACAGCGUCGCCACCAUCCGCGAGCUCCCAAUGAAGUACCGCAGACAAAUGCUGCUCCUAGAGGAAAUGGAGUACAUACAGCGUGGAGGACCCGAGUGACCAUUGACAACUGUGGAGCCAAAGUGUGUUAAAUGAACAGAAUAUUUGUAUGCACCUCUGUUGGCUGAAAAUCAGUGUUUAAUCAAAUCCUGUGGGUAUGUAAAGUAGAGGUGCCUUCGCUAUUUCUCUUCAAUUAUGCACAAUGUAAAUAUUAUUGUAUUCAUUGGUUACAUUAAAGUAACAGUAUGUAGCAAUUGUACUUCAGGGUUAGGAUUAGCUAUUUUACCUUAAAAUAAAUUGGGGCGCUAC